CGGGUCCUUCCCAGCGGUUUCUGUAGUCCUGGCUGAUCGACUGACGGGGAAGCAGUGCUGUCCGAGAUAAAACACAGAAACAGAACAGAAUGGCGUCCAUGUUACUGAACACAAUGCGGACUUGCACUGCCAGUCCUGCCUGGGCGGCACGGUUCGGCGCACGCUCUGUCAGCACAACGGUACAGCUACAGGCUCAAGCUCAGACAAAAAGCAAGAAGACGCUGGCUCGCCCUGGUGUGAAGAACAUCGUUCUGGUAGAAGGAGUCAGAACCCCUUUCCUGUUGUCUGGAACCACGUAUGCUGACCUAAUGCCCCAUGACCUGGCCAGAGCAGCUCUGCAGGGUCUGUUGAACAGGACGGGACUCCCCAAAGACGCUGUAGACUACAUAAUUUAUGGGACAGUCAUUCAAGAAGUCAAAACCAGCAAUGUGGCACGAGAGGCAGCAUUGGGGGCAGGAUUCUCUGAUAAGAUCCCAGCUCACACCGUCACUAUGGCCUGCAUUUCCUCCAACCAGGCAAUGACCUCAGGCGCUGGGCUCAUCGCUGCAGGCCAGUGUGAUGCCAUUGUGGCUGGUGGAGUUGAGUUCAUGUCCGACGUUCCGAUCCGGCACAGCAGGAAAAUGAGGAAAACCAUGCUGUCCCUCAACAGGGCGAAAUCUCUCGGGCAGAGGCUCAGUCUGAUUGGCAGCAUCCGACUAGCGCACCUCUCCCCAGAGCUUCCUGCUGUGGCCGAGUUCUCCACCGCAGAAACGAUGGGCCACAGCGCCGAUCGUCUUGCUGCUGCAUUUGGGGUCACCAGAGUGGAGCAGGAUGAGUUUGCACUACGAUCACACACUCUGGCCAAAAAAGCUCAGGAUGCUGGGCUGCUGGAGGAUAUCAUUUCAUUUAAAGUGCCAGGUCGCGAUAUUGUAUCAAAAGACAACGGCAUACGCCCAUCAUCCAUGGAGCAGUUGGGCAAACUAAAGCCUGCCUUCAUUAAACCUCACGGCACAGUCACAGCUGCCAACUCCUCUUUCCUGACUGACGGUGCCUCUGCUGUGCUCAUCAUGUCUGAGGAGAAGGCUUUGGCCAUGGGGUUCAAGCCUAAAGCAUACCUCAGAGACUUUGUGUACGUCUCUCAGGACCCCAAAGACCAGUUGCUUUUGGGGCCAACAUACGCUACACCUAAAGUCCUGGAACGUGCCGGCUUGUCCAUGAGUGAUAUUGACGUCUUUGAGUUUCACGAGGCAUUCGCAGGUCAGAUAAUGGCGAAUCUGAAGGCGAUGGACUCUGACUGGUUUGCUCAGACGUACAUGGACAGAAAAUCAAAGGUGGGGACUCCUCCUAUGGAGAAGUUCAACCUGUGGGGGGGUUCUCUGUCUUUGGGCCACCCGUUCGGUGCCACCGGCUGCAGGUUGAUAAUGACAGCAGCGCAUCGGCUGAAGAAGGAAGGAGGACAGUACGGCCUGGUGGCCGCCUGUGCUGCUGGAGGACAGGGUCAUGCCAUGGUGGUAGAGGCUUACCCUCAGUAACGUGCUCUUUAAUGAGAUCGUCGUCCUCACCGUGACGACUACCAACGCACUUAAUAACAUAUGGACAAUGGAGUGUACAUACUAGCACCACUUUGCCUUGAUCAAAAAGAGGAUGGAUACAGUGCACGAAUGUGUUUUGUAAAUUAAACAUUGCUUUGAGGCUGUGGAAUUAUAGCAGAAUAUUGCCAAACAAUGUUUGCCUUUUGUUUUAAGGACUUUGUGACAGCUUGUCUCUGAGUCUAAUGUAACAUAGCAAAGUUUAAGCGCUCCCAGGAGCUGGUACAGUCCUAAUGUUUAUACAAGCUGUAAUAUUUUUUUCAUACAAACCAUUGGGAUUAAAUGGUGUGAUAAUUCCA